AUGUGUGGUGAUUUUGCACGUAAAGAUGGCGUUGAUUUUUAUGGAAAUGAUAUACCACCAUAUCCUCAAAAUGCACCGGAUUAUGCUAGCUGUUGCUCGAUAUGUCGAACAACCACAGGAUGUAAUGCAUUCACAUAUUCAAAAUCGCGUCAAGCAUGUUAUCCAAAAACUCGUAUCGGAAAUGGUGUAGCAAAGUAUGACGAUGCAAUUACUGGAUACAACCCGAACGUGUAUAGUGAUUUCGUACGUAAAGAUGGCAUUGAUUUUAAUGGAAAUGACAUACCACUGUUUCCUGUACAAGUACCUGAUUAUGCUAGCUGUGGCCUAAAAUGUCAAGCAACCCCAGGAUGUAAUGUAUUUACAUAUUUAAAAUCGCGUCAAGCAUGUUAUCCAAAAACUCGUAUGGGAAAUGGUAUAGCACAGAUUGCCGAUGCAAUUACUGGAUAUAACCAUCCAAUUGCCAUUGUUUUUCCUGGUGCUUUUCAACAACCACCACGCCUUGAAACAAACGUUGCUUAUAAUAUUCAAUCGAAUGUGGGUGAAUGGUACUCCACUGGUAUGUUUCUAUGUUACCUUAGCAAUUAAAAAUCUUUGAUGAAAUACGCACAUUUUCAAAAAAAGAAAUGUUUUUUUUUUCGAAAAAUUUGCUGAUUACGGGGAAUUAGAUAGGCGUUCAUGCAUUUUUUUUGUCUGAGAGGAAUUCGAAGGGCAAGAAUACACGCAGGAGUGUAGCAAAGCCUUAAAGUCGCGGGGUAUAAUGUCUUCGUGCAUAUACAUUCAGUCAAAGUAUCACUGGGAACAGACACAUUUUAAACUCUUUAUCCCUAGUUUUGGCGUUAAAAGCACGCUAUUUUCAAGAACACGGAGAGUGUUAUAUUUUCUUAUCCUUCCGAUCAUUAUGUUCCUGAGUGCGCAGCAUAGAACAGCCCUAUUGAUGUUUCGCAGUUGUUAUAGAAGGUUUUGUUACGAGCAUCGUUGUCGACAUUGAAACUACUCCUGGUUUAAUGUUUUUCCGAAGUAUUAGCCGACUAAAAUAGGAUUGUUUUUACUGUAGAAAACAGAUACAGAUUUUCGUUGAUUACUAUGCGGGUAAAAAAAAAACAUCUGCGAAUAAUCGACUUGUCCACGAAGAAAUAACGAGCACGCAUUUACAAUGAUGCGUAAUGAAUGACAUCAAAUGCAACUGUGCUCAUCCUUCAUGACUCACCUGUUCUAAACACCAGUCUCUUUUAGGGUAUUAUGCCGCUGCUGAUGUUCCUAUCGAAAUCAAGGUAUUGAAACAAGUGGGUGCCUCCGGAUGGUCGGUUCAAAUAGGCUGUCAUAUGGAUGACCUCACGGUAAGCUUGUUGCCUAGUACCGAUUUUCGACUUUCUUUUUCCUGGAUAUUGCAGGGCUAUGAAGAACAACGCCGACCACCCCGCAUCUAUCUCACAGAACCUUUGAGCUCGAAUGGUACUGUUCGGAUUAGUUCACACUAUGGCGGUCUUGUGUUUCUUCAAAGUCCAGAUGCUUCUGGAUGUUCGAUCUCUGUUUCUUUAAAUAAUGUUGUUCUCACGCCGACUUACGAUCUAGCUGACUCAAACCGAGCCACUAAAUGGCAGAAUCAACAACGGAAUGCUCAAGGCCUUUGGGCAGAUAUCGCUGGUCGCUACAUUGCUUUUAAUCUGCCAUCGAAGAGUGUAUUGCAUAUGACAAGCACUCAAUUAGAUGAUGCACUUAAAUUCUGGGAUUCAGUCGUAUUGACACAUCAUGACCUACGUGGGACAAAGCCAACCUAUCGGGAACGAGUUGUCUCUGAUGAACAACCUUCAGCUGGUUACAUGCGUAAGUAUAUUCAGUCAUAGUCAAUUGUACUAUACUUGACCAGUCGAAAACUAUUGUAGAUAGCGGUUACCCGAUAGUCACUAUGAUGAAUGUGGCUAAUCCGGAUUUGGAAGAGUUUCUUUUUAACACUGACAUUCUAAAGAAGCCCGAGCAGUGGGCAGGCAGCAGUUGGGGAAUGUUUCACGAAAUCGGACAUAACAUGCAACGAGGCUGGUGGAGUAAGUAAUUUGUUAGCAACUUCGUAUUCCUUUCUUUGAACACUUUGUUCUCUAGCAUUUGACGGUACUGUCGAAGUGACCACGAAUAUCUUCACUGUGCACGCCAAGGACAUUAUCUGUCACCUUCGCUUAGGCAUUUAUGAGUGGAACACAGAUCAAAUAUCGUCUACACGUACGUACAUCCAAAAUGGCGCAAACUUUGAUCAGUGGAAAGAGCAACCGCUUCUUGCUCUCCUUAUCUACAUUCAAUUGGCACGUGAAUUUGGUUGGAAUAGCUACAAGUCCGUUUUUCGCUAUUAUGAGAACACCAAACCAAAUCUAUCUAAUGAUCAACAAAAGAUUGACUAUUGGAUUGAAACCUUUUCUCGGCAGGUUCAACAGAAUCUCGUACCACUGUUCAAUUUCUGGGGUCUUCCAAUUUCUCAAUCGACCGUGGACAAAUUGGCUAGUCUGAAAAUGGCUAACAUAUCUGAUGAGCUCAUUCAAAUAGCUCCACAACGCUAUCGUGUCGGUAUUCAAGGUAGGAGAGUCAAAAUUUAGCAAUUGGUCGGUGACCUUAAAUCAGCUGAAUCUCAAUAGUUAUCUAAUGAAUUUAGUAUCAAAAUGUCGGACUAAAAGAGGACUUUCAUCCCAUGUAUAAUUCGGCCUGAUGAGGAAGACAAAUAGCAAUGGGUGUGGGUGUGGGUGUGGGUUAAGAGAACACACCCCACCCACACCCACACCCACACCCACAUCCACACACCCACACCUCGAUAUCACC